UCUUCGGUACGCCCAUGAAAGUAUCAAAGGUGUCCAUCAGUCGAAGCUCGCCAUUUUUCUGGUGUGUAAACUUUUUCUCGUUUGUGGGGAACACGAUUCCGUACUGGUGAACUCUGAAUUUAUUCGACGUAUGUGACGUUCCUGGCACGGUCUGCGCCAUGAAUCAGUCACGAAACUUUACGUCGCUGUUAAAUCCGAGUUACUUGCAAAACGCGCAACAAAAUGCUGCGACUGCGAACGCGGCUGCUGCUGCAGCUGCAGCAGCUGCCGCGGUGAGCGCCGCGAUUGCGAAUGGAACGCAGCUACCCAAUUCGCCUAAUUCCACGACGAACAGUACCAGAAAACGGGAAGCGGAAAAUGAUGGUAAGCAGGAAAAAGAGUCGAAAGAGGAACGUAGGAAGAGGAGGAGAACUAGGUGGGGCGGUAGCGAACAUGACAAAACUUUUAUACCGGGCAUGCCUACGGUUCUCCCAACGAACCUCACUCCUGAACAGGAGAAAGCUUACCUCUUUCAGCUGCAAAUUGAGGAAAUCAGCAGGAAGCUACGCACUGGAGAUCUUGGAAUUCCACUUAACCCUGAGGAAAGAUCCCCAUCUCCAGAACCCAUUUACAGUAGCGAUGGUAAACGGUUGAAUACAAGAGAAUACCGUACUAGACGUAAAUUGGAGGAAGAACGUCAUAAUCUUAUCCAGAAGAUUCUCAAAAUUAACCCAGAGUUUAAACCUCCACCAGAUUACAAGCCCCCAAUAAUACGGGUACAUGAUAAAGUAAUGAUUCCUCAAGAAGAACAUCCAGAUAUUAAUUUUGUUGGUCUGCUUAUUGGUCCACGCGGUAAUACAUUAAAAUCAAUGGAGAAGGAAACUGGAGCAAAGAUCAUAAUCCGUGGUAAGGGUUCUGUAAAAGAAGGAAAAGUUGGUAGGAAAGAUGGACAACCUUUGCCUGGUGAAGAUGAACCUCUUCACGCAUAUAUUACAGCUAACAAUUUGGACGCUGUAAAAAAAGCUGUUGAAAGAAUUCAUGAAAUUAUACGACAAGGAGUCGAAGUACCCGAAGGACAAAAUGAUUUACGACGUAAUCAACUUAGAGAAUUGGCUUUAUUGAAUGGAACAUUGCGCGAAAAUGAUGGACCACGUUGCACCAAUUGUGGCGCAUCAGAUCACAAAUCGUGGCUGUGUCCAGACAAACCAAACGUAACGAAUAACAUAGUGUGUUCGAGUUGCGGAGGAGCAGGUCACAUUGCACGUGAUUGUCGAUCUAAGAGACCUGGACAAGGUGGACCGGCUGCAGCAGGAAUGGGAGGAAUGGGACCAGGCGGCGAUAAAGCUAAAAUAGAUGAAGAAUACAUGUCACUUAUGGCAGAAUUGGGCGAAGGCCCACCGCCUGAUAGGUCUAAAAGCGGCCAACCACGUCAACCCAAUCCGAAUCCUAAUUAUCCUGGUCUUUUCGAUAGGCAACAAGCACCUCGUGCUUUAAUGGCAGCGCCAGCACAUCCGCCGCCUCAAAUGAUGCAAGGCGGCCCAAUGAUGCCACCACCGGGAAUGGCUCCGCCACCAUGGAGUCAAGGAGAAGUGAACAACAUGAACGGUAUGAAUAUGCAGUGGCAACCUCCAGUUAGCAUGCCUCCUCCACCUGGCGUGAUGCAACCACCUCCACCACCGCCUGGCUCCACAUCCCAACCGAAUAUUCCACCGUUAAUGCCCUGGAUGGCUGGAAAUAACCAACCACCUCCACCUGGACAAAUGCCACCAACGCAAAUUCCACCACCGGGAAUGGGCAUUCCGCCGUGGCAACAGGGACAACAAGGACCAAUGCGUCCACCUCCGCCUGGAACAGCUCCACCGCCAGGAUUUCCAGGAUGGCAGCCACAACAAAUGGGUGGAUGGCCGCCAACAGCACCUGUUCCACCUCCUCCUCAACAACAAACGCCAGCUCCGCCUGGCAUCGAUCUCAAUACUUUACCCACGCUAUUGGCACAACCACCACCACCACCUCCGCCAACUAGUUAGUGUAAAGAAUUAUUCGUGAAUCUAAUUGAAUCUUCUUCAUGCGUACGAUAGAGAGAUAUAUAUUAUCGGUCAUCAUGUCAGUAAAUAGAUCGUAAUACCGAACUGAAAACAGUUAAUUAUUAUUAGUUCGAACGACCUGAGAUUUUAAACGAUACUUUCGUUCUAUACGGCUACGUCUUUUAUAAGUGAGAGAGUUUCAGCCAAGAAUGAGUUUCUCAGUCCACCUUCUGAAUCGUACAAUGUGUAUAAGAAAUGGCUUUAGGUUUGCGAAUGUAUCGUUCCAACUCCAAGUAUACAUUGUACCUAGUAAAGAAAAGGGAAAACAUUAUUAUAGUUUUGGUUACCAUUAUUUUCGAACUAAUCGUAUGUACCUACAGCUUUCUUAUAAGUGUAAAUGUAAGUGAUACACCAAACGCAUUUUUAUAAUGCCCCCCCCCCCCCAGCACGAUCAUUUUUACUUAGAUCUUUCACUAAACACAAUAUAUCGUAUAUAAAUAUAUAUAUAUAUAUAUAAUUAUAUAUAUAUAUAACUAGAAUAUGAUUUACUUGUAUUCCGUGAGUAAGACGUAUAAUAAUGUGUACACUGUAGUGUAUUUGUUGCUCCAUGCAAGUAUUGUUAUAAUCAAUUUCUACUUCGGUACAUCGUCUACUGUGGAGUGGACAGUAAAUGUUUAAAGCGAAAGUAAGUUUUGCUAUUGGACUAUGUAUAUAAUUUCCUAUGGCACGUAGAAUUAUUACAAAUUUUUCGCGCAUUACAAUCGUCUCGAUGAAUUUUGUAUUAUUAUUUUAAUAAUUUUAAUCGAUGUGAAUGCGUGAUCGUAAAAUCUUGGGUAAUAUAACGAAGCAUCCGAAUUCUUGCUUAUACAACACGAUAGUUAUCAAUUUUAACUAUUACUUAGGUUAUUUAUAUGUUAGUAUAAUUUGCGCGGUUUUCUCACUUCAUGUUCACGAUUCACCGACUACCUAAAUAUAAGUAUAAUAUUGCAAACGUCCAAGCGCAAUAAUUUCGUAUCACUGGUUCACUAGCAAACAUAAGAAAAUUCAUCAAAAUCGUGAAUUAUAAAGAAUCUGCUUUAUAAGAAAUAAUAUUAGUAUUGUUUGUUACGUUUAGGACACGAGGAUAUAGUUUGUGAAGCUUUAUGAUAAAUUAAUGUGUUUGUUAACUACACAAUAAAGGUACAUACUAUAAAGAUACGCCUCCUAAAUGCAUUUUUAUGUACAAAUGGACGUAAUAAAAUUUUAAUUUUUAACCGA